CUGUCAUCUGGAAAUGGUUUGGCAGUGUCUGUGUGUGUGCGUGAGUUUUCUUUUGGCAAAAUAUUCAGCAUUUUAUAAAAAAAUUCGCCAAAUUACACUGAAAAUGUACAACAACAAUUGAAAGAAAUACAUUCAAAGUAAACACCAAAUUAAGCUUAAAGCUCCAAUAUACAAAAGUGAAUCCUUGCACCUUUGAUAAAACUUAAACAGAGUUUCGCAAGUUCAACACAACAAAUACAGCAGCAGUAAAAAAAAGAUUCCCGUUAGUGCAUGACGAAUGCAAAAGAAGCAACGUCAACAACAAUAGCAACAGUAGCAGUGGAUCAAGGCAACAAAGCAACUUGACUUGCAAUGAGAUGCAAACUCGACGUCGUCAUCAACAAACGGACCAGGAAUACACCAGCAAUUACAGUGUCCCCCACCCUCCAUUGGAGCAGCAGCAGCAACAUCCGCAGCAGCAUCAGACGUUAAUUCAACCGGGGCAACAGCAAUUGUUGUACGUAGCCCAACAGCAGCCGACGUUUGAGGCUGCUAUUAAUAUUGGGGUAGAGCAGUCGGUUGCAGACGCGGACGACAAGUACGACAAAGCGGCCCGCCAGUGGAAUCUGUUCAGUGGAAUCUCGUCACGAUCUGGACAGGCGCUGCGCACAUUCAUCCAGCAGCCACUGAGCGCCGCUGCGGCCGUCGUAACCGGCAAUCAUCCAACACAAGCCCAAGGCUCCGACAAUAAUAACAGCAACUACGAGAAGAGCAUCUACAAUUUUGGGGCAUCGCAAAAGCAGUCGGAACGCGAGGAUCUUGACUUGGAACCGGAGCAAGAAGUUUUCAUAAUGGCAGCACGAGAUCGCACAGGCGAAUUUGCCAAUGCGAUACGUUCGCUUCAGUCACGGAACAUCACACGGGCGGUGAACAUACGUGAUCCCCGCAAGGCCAAACAGGUGCAGAGCUAUUCCGAGUUUAUGAUGGUUGCCCGUUUCAUUGGCAAGAACAUUGCCAGCACAUAUGCCAAGCUAGAGAAGCUGACCAUGUUGGCCAAAAAGAAGAGUCUAUUUGACGAUAGACCCCAGGAGAUACAGGAGCUGACGUAUAUCAUAAAGGGCGAUUUGAAUGCAUUGAACCAACAGAUUGCACGACUGCAGGACAUCUCCAAGGAUCAGCGUCGCACCACAAAUGGCAAGCAUUUGGUAUCACAUUCCUCCAAUAUGGUGCUGGCACUCCAAUCCAAGCUGGCCAGCAUGAGCACGGACUUUAAGCAGAUUCUCGAAGUGCGCACCGAAAAUCUCAAGCACCAGAAGACACGACGCGACCAUUUCAGCCAAGGACCCGGCCCCCUGGCCGCGCACACUGUUUCACCAUCGACGGCCAAACAAGGCUCAUUGCUGCUUAGCGAGGAGAACCAGGCGGUCAGCAUAGACAUGGCUGGCAGUGAUACAGCGCCGCUGCUUCAACAACAACAUCAACAACAACAACAGCAAUUGGCCAUUUACGACGAGUCAGACACGUAUGUGCAACAACGUGCCGAGACUAUGCAAAACAUUGAGUCAACAAUUGUGGAGCUGGGCGGAAUAUUCCAGCAGCUGGCGCAUAUGGUCAAGGAGCAGGAGGAGAUCGUUGAACGCAUCGAUACGAAUGUGGCGGAUGCCGAGUUGAAUAUUGAGGCGGCGCAUGGCGAGAUUCUCAAAUACUUUCAAUCAGUUUCAAAGAACCGUUGGCUCAUGAUUAAGAUUUUCGGUGUUUUGAUAUUCUUCUUUCUGUUCUUUGUUGUUUUUAUGUCAUAAUUAAUGCUAAAUACUCCCAUGCCCGCCCCAAUUUUCACAUCUCCACAGUCCCGCCACGCACUAUUCAAUUAUAAAUUAUUGUGAAUACAUUGCUAAAAUACAUAUAUAUAUAUUUUUAUGGAAAUGGAGUUUGAAUUGUACAAAAUCAAAUCCAAACCAAAUCCGAAACGAGUAACAAAUUGUAAAAUAAACAAAUUAUCAAAACUUAGUAA